CCCCCAGGUCUCCGGGGUUCGCUCCACUUCUUUAUCCCCCGGAACUGUUCGCUCUUUAUUCAUCGUUCCGUAGCGACGCUUUCCUUUGCAGAGAUGGAAGCGGCGAAGAGGUGGCGGGUGAGCGCUGGGGAAAGUGAGGCCUGGAUGGACAGAGCUGUACAUAUGGCUAAAGAUGCACUUGAGAAUGGUGAAGUACCUGUUGGUUGCCUCAUGGUCUACAAUAAUGAGAUUGUAGGAAAAGGAAGAAAUGAAGUUAAUGAAACUAAAAAUGCUACUCGCCAUGCAGAAAUGGUCGCAAUUGAUCAGGUCUUGGACUGGUGUCAACAGCACAAGAAGAAACCUGAGGAAGUCUUUACACACACAGUAUUGUAUGUCACAGUUGAGCCCUGUAUUAUGUGCGCAGCUGCUCUUCGAAUGAUGAAAAUCCCACUGGUUGUAUAUGGUUGCCAAAAUGAACGGUUUGGAGGCUGUGGCUCAGUUCUGAAUAUCUCUUCUGCUACCUUAACAGAUACAGGGGAACCAUUUCAAUGCAUAGCCGGUUAUCGAUCUGAAGAAGCUGUGGAAAUGCUGAAAACCUUCUACAGACAGGAGAAUCCAAACGCACCAAAGUCAAAAGUUCGAAAAAAGGAAUUCAGUAAAUGAUUGGCUGUGAUGGAAAGUUAACCGGUCUAGAAGAAUAAUGAAUCCCUGAAUGAUCUGGACAGUGCUGACCUUUGCUGGACUAAAUUAUUUAGCCCCAGGAGGUGGAGAAUGACGUAACUGUCCCUCUUUAACAUGUCAUUUAUUGUAUUCUGGAAGUUAAUACAAUAAAUGUAUUAAA